AUGACUACAAAACUCAAUCUCCUCUUAACGAUUUUGCUUCUCACACUUACAUUCUCCCAGUCACGCCCCACCCGACCCGAACCCCUCUCGGAUCAGCUCAAGAAAAACUCCAAAGGUAAUAGUAACAAGAAUGACAAAGGCUAUGGAUCACCAGGAGGACAUUUUGAGCUCGGACCUGGAUGCAGUGUUGGUAUCGGAAACGGUGGUAGUUAUGCCGUAGCAAGCGGUUGCAAUUUACCGGGUAGCGGACCCGGUGGCAGUUAUGCCGUAACAAGCGGCGAAUACAGGAAAGGAAGUGUGGUGAGACCAUCGUUGGUGUGUAAAGAGAAAGGUCAUUGUUACAAGAAGAAACUAACGUGUCCGGCGAAAUGCUUCACGUCUUUUAAUAUCUCCGGCAGUGGUUUCGGUGGUGGUGGAGGAGGCGGUGGUUGCAGCUUCGACUGUAAGAAAUGUGAGGUUAAUUGUUUUUGA